AUGCCGACUUGGGAAGGGGCUACUUGCCCUUUCUGUUCCAAGGGAAUUGCGGGCCCUCUGCAGGAUAGAGAUUCAGGACUCGACGAAAGGGUCGUCAAAAGUUCAUCACGCCGCAGCACCUCCAUCCUUUGUUUUCCACAACAAGAGGGCCGGAGGGGCAUUUCUCUUGGACUCCAGGCCGGUGUGUUGCUUUUGCUACUUGCAGGGGUGGCGGCAAGCGCGAUCCAUCUCGUGACGCAAGUCAACCACAAGGUCGUGGAACGCUUGAAGAGAAGCCUCGAUCUUGUCCGCAAAGGCUACGUUGAGCACGUGCAAUCCACUAUGAGCUUCGGCGGCAGGAAUAAUGCCUGGCAGGAUGUUGAGGUGGAUGAGGCUGUGUUCGACAAGACACUCAUUCCAAUCGAACAGGCGGAGUGCCCGAGUAAGACUGUGGAGUGGGAGCAAUGGGUCGGCCUGGUCCAGCGCGGUAAACCAACAUCGUUGAUUCUUCUACGCCUCUCUCCCAAGCCCACCAACAAGAGAUCGCCGGGCCCGGGCCCCAUCCGUAAGAAUGAGUGGCGCAAGAUCGCGGACAAGUGGUUAAAGGACAAGCACGUGCUCAAAACGGCUACCCUGCCUGGUGGCCGCAAGAUCACUGUCAAGCUUAGCACUCAAGUCAUAGACAGGUGCUGGCGGUUCGUGAAGGAGCGUCUCUGCGUGAAUCAGAACGUGAAGACAGGAUCGAUGCGCAUUCAGGCGCAAGUGAGGUCAGCUCAAUCUGAAUACUGGCACACGGGCGACCUCGUCACGUGGUACAUGAGGAAAAUCAUCGUGUAA